AUCAUUUCUUAAGUGUGAUGAUGCUGUCCGAAGUUUUAAACCAAGCAUAAGGGACUAUUUGGCUUCUCCGCCUUAGCGGAAGCCCGAGCCAUCUCCGGCCUUUCUUUUUUUUUUUUCGAGUCCUUCCUGAAUACCUAGUAGGUUCCUUUGCGCACAGCAACAAAGACAGCAUCCACAACAAUCAACUUCUAGGUCGUCAACCAUGUCUUCGAGUAAGAUCGACAAGAAACGCAAGCGUGCUUCAGACCGCCAUGAUCGACCAAGCAAAAAGCCAGCGUUGGAACUGCAAGAUCUGCCUCCACUUUCGACGAGCGUCGUCCAGGAUAAUAGCGAGUUGGCUCCUGUAAUUGUCACUACACCUGGCCUCAACCAACCGCGAGAUCUCCGUCUAAAGCCAUAUAUUAAAGCACGGGAGUAUUCCUCUUUUGGUCGGUCCGCGAAUGCGAACUCUGCCCGCAACAAGGGGAUCGCGGCGUCGGAAAUCCUGCUUCAGUCGUCCGAGCAUCCCAAGUUGGACUUUGUCGGCCGCGAGGCUGAGGAUGAGGUUGAUUCUCAGCUGGAGCAUUACGUUGCUGUGGUUGAUCCGGAGAAGAAGACGUGGGAACUCAUCGCGGUGAGAAAGGUUACUCUUCGAGGGAGUGUAAGAAAUUUGAAGCCUGCUGAGGACGAGGAGGAAUCGGAAGAUGAGGAUGAAGAAGCGAAAACCAUCCGCUCUCAACGCACCGAACUUACCAACACCUUUGGUACCAAACAAUCCCGUAAAGCAGCACAGUCCAUCGCAGAGAAUGCGCAGCUUUCAAAUGCUCCUGCAGGUGUCGCAAAUGCCGCGGAAUCAGCCAUUCUCUCGUCCAUGCCUACGGAGCCAAACUCCGACAUGGCAUCCAAGGCUGCCAGCCUACAGGCGCAAGUCCAAGCUACCAAGCCUCUCCCACCGGCCAACCUAUCCGCGACGCACCCAUCAGAUGUCUACCCUGUUGAGACUCUUGUUCCGAAUGGCCUGUCGACUCUCCGCCAGCUCCCCGGCGUCCAAGAAUGGCAAGACACAGUUAUGUCCGGACAAGCCGUCACCACGACAUCCCGCUAUGUGGCCCGUCGCAUCGAAGCCGUCGUGAAAUCAGGAAACACCACACACGUCCAAAUCCUGCGUUUCAUUCUUCUCCUGCUGGAACUCACCCGCUCUCUCCGAUCUGGCGGCCGAGACCCCAAGUCCAGCGGGGGACCGGGCAGCAAACGUCUCCCACCACGGGAAGAGCUCCGCCGCAUCCUCUCCUCCACCGGCUCUUCUUCCUUCUCCAAAAACCGCAAUGCCGAUACCUCGUCUUCUUCGUCAUUGGUACCAGACUCCAUCAUCGAUUCCAUCCGCCGGAAAUUCGUCCCUCACGGUUCCCAUCUCACCAAGAACGACAUCACGCUCCUCCACACAACCAUCUGCGCUUUAUCCCUGCACAUUCCCCCGCAACCAAACGCGGACGGUGGCGGUGGGAAUUCACCGAACGAACUUGCCACGGACCCCUCGGAUCUCCGCGACGACCUCAGACUCGACAAUGCGACUACCCUGCAGUAUUUCCGCGAACUGGGCUGUCGGGUCGACAAGCCUCGUGAAAGCGAGUUUGCCAAAUGGGGCGUGAAGGGAGGCAAGGCUGAAGCUGCUUCUAGACGGAUUGUGAGAUUGAAGCUUCCUGUGGAAUUUCCUAAAGUUAGUCGUGGGGGAAGGAGGUAGUUUUUUUAUCCCCUCUUUGUUUCUCAAAAAGUGUUGUUUGGGUUGCUGCUAUUUCAAAUGCUCCUUUUUUGAUAGCGUUUAUGCGUCUACACGACAUAUUACACAUGGUUUAUUUUGAUAUUGAUUGUGCUGCUAUGCAUAUACUUGCAUAGUGUAGUGUAGUAUAGUGUAAUUUGAUUUGAUUUGAAUUUGAGAUUGAACUGAUGAGAAAGA